AGUGUUUAGACUGGGGAUCCAGCCCACUCACACACACUUUCCCGUUAGGCACACAUCAACAGCAGUACUUAAUUUGGGAAUGGGAAGAUCAUACCAAAUAAUGAUGUUAGAGAACAAGGUUUUUUCCUGUUUUGUAUUCUAUAGUGUUCUCCUGGUAAUCAAGAUGUACAUCAUAGCAAUCAUCACUGGACAAGUAAGGCUGCGCAAAAAGGCUUUCGCAAACCCAGAGGACGCGCUGAGACAUGGUGGCCUCCAGCACUUCAGAGAGGAUCCAGAUGUAGAGCGGUGCCAAAGGGCUCACCGUAACGACAUGGAGAAUAUCGUCCCCUUCCUGUUCCUGGGGGCCGUCUACUCCCUGAUUGGCCCGUCGCUGGCCGUGGCCCGCGCUCACUUCCUGGUCUUCUUCCUAUUCCGCAUGCUCCAUACGCUGGCCUACCUCUGUGUCCUGCGGGCACCCACGCGCUCCCUGGCCUAUGUGAUCGCCCAGGUGCCCUGCAUCUCCAUGGCCGUUCAGAUUCUCGCGGCGGUGUCCUCGUAUGCGUGUUCUGACUUUAUUGGUGACCGUGUCAAUCUGUGACCAAUCUCAGUGGAUGAUUAGGGCCUGAUAAGAGCAGUAGAGAAUACUGCUUGUAAGAGGGAACAGAUAUUUUUCAUAUGAGGGAAAUCCUAAAGACUGCAUUGUCAUCAGACUGCAAUGCUACAAUAGCAGUUUGUGCCUCUCAGCAAUGCUCUAUGAAGUGUACACUGUUGUGCUCUAGCUAGUACAUCUUCAUGUAGUACUGUAUUCUUUUACAUCUUAGUCACAUAGCAGACGCUUUUAUCCAGAGCAACUUGCAGAUGCCUUGCUCAAGGGCACAUAGACAGAUGUUUCACCUAGUUGGCUCGGGGAUUUGAACCAGCAACCUUUCAGUUACUAACCCAAUGCUCUUAACCGCCAGGCUACCUAUAUGCUACAGAAUGUUGAAGUCAAUUGACUCCCUCUGAAGGUCAUGGGGACACUACUCUCGGAAGAAAAAGGUUAACCUUUCGAUUAACAUGUAACUUUGUAACCAAUUAAUUGGGUUGACAUGUUUUUUUUCAUACACAAGUCAAUGUUACUUGUUUUCAUCUUUUACAUUCUGUAUUUUUUGUCAUUCAACAAGUGGUAUUUUUGUAGGAAAGUCUGGGAUGUAGUGACCUAUUUGCUCAAACCAAUCCAGUAUUUUAGAAGUUGAACUGAAGAGCAGACAUGUAUAACACAAAUCAUUUAUAAUAAUGCAUUUUUUAAACGAAAACAGAAGAAAACGGUUGAAUACCAUAUUCUAAGGAAUAUUUCUGGUGUGGUGGUCACUGUAUUUGUUUACAAAGCAUUGGCCACUAAGCUAUCACAUGAUGGAGGAUGAUGACUAUGUCAGAUAUGUCACCACUCCUGUCGAUGGGCUACGGAUGGGUUAGGAGGUUUGUCCUGAUCACAGGACUUGACUCACUAGGGCCCAUAGCUUUUUCUGGUCCGUUCCUGGACCUAGAUAGGAUCUAUGACUGCUGACUGAUCCAUAAUCAUAACAUCUACAGAUGCUGAAUCUUAAUGUGAUCAUCCUGUUGUUGCAGGAAUAUUCCUGCACAGCAAGAAAUGCAAACCAAAAAUGUAUCAACCCCUAAAAAAAUGUCAAUUCCAAUUCACAUUUCCUGUUGCUGCAGGAUUAUUUUUCUCCUGUGUAAAACUGGCUCAAUUUAAGAUACGGUAUCUGUAUUUUAACCUCAACCUUUGUGUUUCUUUAGCCUGUUUACAGAUCAACUCUGGCAAGCCUGCAAAAACAGAUCUUGGAUCAGGCUAAUGUUUUUAGAGUACUGUCCAUCAAUAACCAAUAGAUGGUUUGUCCAUAAAUGCUAUUGUGUGUUCUACACUGCAGCCCUUUGAGGCUUGCUAGAGCAGAAGAUGAUAUUGUGUAAACCUACAUGUUUCAAUUGGGAAUCAUUACUGAACAGUUACGACACAGUUCCAACUUACUGCAACACAGUUCCAAGUUGGAACACAAUUUCAGGCCUCUGGAUUAUAAUUAAGCAAUAUGUGGCUAGGUACAAGCUUAUCAAUAGACCACCAUUAGUUCCUCAGACAGACAGACUUUUGGCCUGGAAGUUGUUCCUUCCUCUGACUUGGGGCUGCUAGGUAAUCUCAUUCGGGGCUAGGGGUAAGACAUUGGAAUCUCUGGCUGGGGGAAGGUGAUUGUCGUAGGUGGGACGGUGGGUAUUCGCUGGCCUCUCUCUCCUUGUCUGAUGGUCCAGAGUUCCAGGCAGGGCUGAGUUCCAGAAUUCCUCCUUCGUUAUGUAAGGCCCUGGACUGGACACUGUCCACAGGAAGGGGCUAGGGGGGGGGGCUGGAAAAUGUGCAGUCAUGCAUGCUUGCUGCUAACCUACACACAGUCAUGGGCUGUAGACUCUUCCUCAUACUCAUUUAAACACGCUCUCACAUUCACACAUGGAUAUGUGCCCAGUCUGUAACUUACUGUAUAGGUGUUCACAAUUACAUGCAUUCUUGCACUUCACCCUCUUUAUGUCUCAAUCAUAUUAACACACUUACAUACUCUCACUGUACAUGACAAUUCAUUUUACAUACCAACUGCAAGGUAUUCAAAAGAAAUAUGUAUUUUUUCUAUGGAUGACUUCAUCUUGUAUCAAUUCAAUGUACAAUGGGAUAGCCGCAGAAAUGAGUUUGGUGGGUGGGGGGAUACCAUUUGUUAUUUGUUUUGCCCAUGCUGAGGACCGCUAUAUCAGUCCACUAAUAUAGGACUAGUACUUAUUUUGUGAAAAUUGUAAUUAAAUGUAUUUGAGUGUU